AUGUCCUCGUUCCCUGCGCGAGCGCUGUCGUCGCAUAUUCGGCAGCCGUCUAUGUCCGGAAACCCAAAUAGCGGGCCGCCCCCAGCUUUAGUCGCGCGUGUCAACGAAAAGAAAGCCGAGCUCGAGAACCUCAAGUCACUGCGUGAGCUGAGCGCUGCCGCGGCUUCGCAGAUGGAAGAAUUGGAGCAGAAGCUUGCGACCCUCUCAGACGGGACAGAAGCAAUCGCGCUGGUCAUGAGCAACUGGCACAACGUGCUGAGGGCAAUAAACAUGGCUUCUGCCAAAUUGCCGAAGCCUUCACCCGAGGAGGGCCAGCUGGCUACUGAUGAGGUCUCGGCUCCUCUUCCUCAGACUCUUGUGCGAAUCCCGACAGAGCAUGCGCCUGCUUUACAAGCCCACGCCGAAGCAGCCCCCCCUGAAGAAGAGUAG